UGGAGAAGGGAAGUUGUAUCGAUCCAAACACUGUCUUUACUCUACACUCUCAAUAAUCAAUAUACAGUCUACCCCGAGUGUCGUGGCUCCGUAGUACACGUGUUUAGGGUUUUCAAUUUUCAAGCUUCUUGAAGGCUAUGGCGACUUCUAUUGUCAUAAAGGUUCAAUAUGGUGAAACGCUUAGGCGUUUCAGCUCACAAGUUGUUGAUGGGAAGCUCAAUCUUGACAUGAAGGGAUUAAGAGAGAAAGUUUGUUCUCUUUAUAGCUUUCCUGCUGGUUCUGAGCUUGUUUUGACGUAUAUUGAUGAAGAUACAGAUGUGGUGACACUUGCUGAUGAAGAAGAUCUUAAUGAUAUAGUGAGGCAGUCCCUGAAUCCUCUGAGGAUAACUGUGAAAUUGAUUAGGAAAAAGAGUGCUAGUUCUCAGAGUAAUUCAAGUGGAAAUUCUACCCCUGUGAGAGAGCCUGAAGUUCAGAUUCCUUUGCAUGUUAAAAGCAAUAGUGCUACUGAAGUAUUGAACUCUCUCCCAGAUACCGUCCGUGAAACUGUUUUAAAAUUGUCAACUGAGUUGGGGUUUGAUUCUAACUCCCCAUCAGGUUAUGCUGAUCUUCUCGACUCGUUAGCGAAAAUGGGCCUUUCCUAUCUGAAAGAGGCUUCUGUAUCUGGUGCGAAAGGUGGGCCUGUAAAAAGCUUCAUUGAUGCAACAGUGACCAAGGAUGGAAACAGUUCCUUAGCUGUCGGGACUCCACAAGUUUCCGGAAAGAAAAGCAUCGACACAAAACAAGAUAACAGAUCUGGCUUUUUGGAGAACUUUGUUAUGGAAGCUACUGAUAUGGCAAUUGUCAAGGAUAAACCCUCAACUUUGUCUGCAAAAGCAACUCCUGACUCGUUUGAUGUUACUGGUGGUAGCAAGCAAGACUUCCUGGAGAACUUUGCCAUGGAAGCUACUGACAUGGAAAUUGUGGAGAAUAAACCGUCAACUUUGUCUCCAAAAACAACUUUUGACUCAUUUAAUGUUACUGCUGGCCACAAGCAAGACAAAGUCAAAGAUGAUGACUUCCGUCUUCAUGAUAAAUGGGGAAAUUGCAAUAUUGGUUUUUCCGAAGGGAACAAGGUUGGAAACAAUGCUGGUUCUACUCAAAAGAUGGAGACUAAGAACUCCACUGAAUCUCGUCAGUUCUGGAACUAUGUUAUGGGCCCUCAACCCUCGAACAAUGCUCGAUCUGGUCAUAAGUUAGAGGCUAUAAAGUCAACCGAUCCUCGUCAGGGGCGGGAGUUUGAUCCCUGGACUGGUAUUGAAUCAUCUUUCUCAAAUUUCCCAUGCUUGAAUAAGCAUCAGAAUCCUCAUCGCGUGGCCCCAUUUAAAAGGAGUUACACCACCAGUGAUGGUAUCAGCAGUAUUUUUCACCGUGGUGUGCGUUGUGAUGGCUGUGGCAUCCAUCCAAUAAGUGGACCCCGUUUUAAAUCUAAAGUGAGAGAAGAUUAUGAUCUGUGUAGCAUAUGCUUUGCUGAUAUAGGAACUGAGGCUGAAUACAUUAGAAUGGACCAUCCUAUCAGUUACAAGAAGCCUAUGUCGUGCUGUUUCCAGAUGCAGGAAUAUUGCCUGGGACAGUCAUUACCAACAUUGCCUGAAUAUCAUUCGAGAAUGAAACUAGAUAGUUGCUUUAUUAAAGAUGUUAACAUCCUGGAUGGAACUAUCAUGACACCUUCCUCUCAUUUUACAAAGAUUUGGCGGAUGAGGAACAAUGGUAGGGUUGUUUGGCCUCAUGGGGUACAUCUUGUAUGGAUUGGGGGUAAUAUGCUUAGCAAGGCACUUUCCCGUGACAUAAAGAUUCCUGCUGACGGCUGUCCUGUAGACAAGGAAAUUGACGUUGCAGUCGACUUCACUGCUCCAGUGCAUCCUGGUCGUUACGUCUCGUAUUGGAGGCUGUCCACGCCAUCAGGCCAUAAAUUUGGACAACGUGUUUGGGUUAUCAUCCAGGUUAGUUCUUCUCAGGACCCACUUGGCAAGAAUGCCCAUGGCAUUAAUUUGAACUGGCCUCCCGUUGGUGUUGGUGGCAUAAUGCAUCAAGGUAGCCUCCUCAACAGUGGGAAUUAUGGGAACUAUAGCAAGCCAAUGAUGGAGAAAGUGACUAACAUUCCUAAAAGGGACCAGGGGCUUAAUCUUCCUACCGAAUUUACUCCGUUAGUUGCAGGAGCUGAACUUAAUUCCGGUUUAUGUGAAGCUUCUUUGCCAUUAAAGUUCCCAGCUGCUAAUAUGUCUAAAGUCGAACCGACUUCGUUAUCUGUUCAACCAAAUCCAGAUGCUGGUGUUCCCAACUCUAUGGUAGGUGUCGUACAAGGUACGGAUGUUGUCGAGCAAAGCCUUCUACAGGAUCUUGAGGACAUGGGCUUUAAGCAGGUUGAUUUGAACAAAAAGAUUCUGAGGAAAAAUGAUUAUGAUUUGGAACAAACCCUAGAUGAUCUUUGCAAGUGGGAUCCUAUUCUCAAGGAGAUGCAGUAGAUGGUUUCUCGAACCUAAUGGACAAGAUGCGUAUAAAGAACAAUGGCUACUUAGUGUGUGGUAAUGGAUAUGGUUGCUGGACGUCGUAUGCAGACUUUUAUAGUUUCUGGUUUAUUAUGAUCAUAGACGCGUAGUUAUAUAAAUAAAUGUACCUGGGUGAAUGUUAUCUUGUGUUAGGUUUUUCGGCCAUCUAAGUACUGCUCUCUGUGGAUGGCAGACUAAUAUGCCUUAAUGUCGUGGCCGACUAAUGGCUCUAUUAUGUCUUUGUGUCUGACUGUUAAACUGUCAAGUAUUGUCAUUCCUGACUGUUAAGUACGUCUGUUAAUUACUUUCGUUCGUUAAUAUUAAAAAUAGUUCUGGUAUUGUAA